AUCCCGGGAUUGCAAGACCUAAGGACCGUGACCGUCACCGUGACCUUGUUAGAAUCUACCGUUACCAUGAGAACAUCCUUCAAUCAAACCACGUUAUCACCGAGUCCGAAUGGAGGUUUAGCCAAAUUUGUUGUACCAGUUAUCGUAGUCAUCGCUCUAUUGGCUGCGAUUUCGAUUUGUGUUGCCAUCAUCAUCUGUUGGUGCCGGAGGAAACAACUGAGGAAUCAAAAAAAAGACAACCAGGAAUCCAUACCACUACACCCAGACCGACAUAUAAAUGUUCCUGAACAUCUGCUGAAGGCGAUAUCCCCACAAGAGGUAGAAGGGUUCGUUUACAGACUGACAGGAAGACAUUGUAAGAGGCUUGCUAAGGCUGUAGGAAUCACUGAUCAGGAGGUGAUUACCACCAUCAUUCAUGACAAUAAUGACGAUCUGUUCGACACUCAAUCAAUGAUCAUUGACUGGGUAGAUGGACAGGAAUGCAGCAACUUCGAGAAGAGAUGCAGGCUUGAUGAUGCCGUCAUCAAAAUUGGUCGCCAUGACAUGACAGAUUCAUUUGGGACAACCAUCUAUCGGGUUGAAACAGGAGGUACUGUACAAAGACCACAUCCAGAUGCCAAGAAAUUCAAUAGUACUACCAUAUUUGAUGAUGAUCUGCAGGCGUUGCUGAAGCAUCUUCCUACAUGUGCGGUAUCAGUAUUUCUUGAGAGGCUUGGCAUCUCAGUUGAUGAGGAUAGGGAGGAUAUAGAAGAGAAGCUUAGAGGUUGGAGGGACGAUAAUCUGAGAGGACCUAAAGCACGUUCCAUGAAGGAACUUGUUUUAAUUCACAAAGAUGUGCUGAAUAAGACGAAUAACAGUAAUGUACUCGACUUAAAAGACGAGGAACUAAAGGACGUAUUUGCAAGCAUCUCUUCCAGUAAACAGAUGGACCAGCUAAAAUCAAGGCUUCGGAAAGAAAUCAGAGAGGAGUCUUUCACUCUCCAGCAUCUCAAAGAAUGGAGGGAUAGCCAAGACAUGGGGAACCGUCGAGAAACUCUAAGAAAAAUGCUCCAUGAUAUAAAACUAUCAGGAUGCAUUGUUAAUCGGCGCCCUCCACAACAUGUGUACAAAGCUGAGAUGGUACGUUUAGCGUUCAGUUUACUAUGUAAUGACGUUGGUCCUUUGGCUGCACUUCUCAACAUGGAUACGUGCAACGGAAAAAUAGUGCGAGAAUCUCAGAAAGGAACCGUAGGUCUGUUACUACAACUAUUGAACAAAUCGAAGGAUAUCGACACACAUAUUCGGCGUGAUUUAUGUGUCGCCAUUAGAAGUCUUGGAUAUCUGGAUGUUGCUCGAUUAGCUUAUUUCGAUUACGAUGAAAGUCUUAGUGUACUCUCCAACGUCACUUCAAAACUGUCACAACAGGAAAUGGAAAUGUUGAUGAAGCAUCUUGAUUCUGAAAAAGCAGACAAAGCAGUCCUGUCAAUAGGUCGGGCUAGACAGCAGAGCGCGGGGACAUACGACAACCUGAUGCUUAUGAAGAGAUGGAGGGAUCAGUUCAGACCGGAACCUUUCCACCACAGCUCGAAGCUGGUUCAUGGUCUUCGAGCAAUUGGGCGAACGGGACUUGCAGAGGAAGUCCUUGGAGGUCUGUACAAACAUAUGCAAAUGAGUGGAGCAGUAGCAAUACACAUUUGCAACAGUCUCGAGGACGAUCAACUGCAGAGACUAUACGUACACCUCGGACUACGUACAACAAAACGUCAGGAGGAUCGGACUACUACAUCAACGGCCGUCGUGGAAUGGAUGCAGAAUUGUGUGAAACACUUUGACAAAAUUCCUACGCUGAACAAAAUGGUAAAGAACAAAUUCGAUUUUCGAAAACAUGAGAACAACGAACUUUUCAAGGCAGGAUUUUCCGAACUUGCAGAGGAAAUCAUGCUACUCCAGUACCCUAGAUUCCCUAGGAUUGUGUAGCCAUAAUGUCCUUUGACAAGAAAUGAAUCUACAUUUGUGUUACUCUCAAUAAACAUGUCAUAAAUAUUGGUGCAUGGUAUAAGGUGAUUGAUUCAAUGCUUAGUGAAGAGCAGCUGGACUAAAAACAUGGUAAUAGUAUAAUGUAAAUUAUAUGUGUGGGCUGUAGAAAUGAAAGUAUUAUUGUCAUUUUUAUUUGUUAACGGUUGUACACAGGCGGAAAGAUAUUUUUUCAAUAAGUUUCGUUGUGGUAGUCCGCACAUACCCUUCGCCAAGUUGUGUGGGUUUGUAGUGUAUAGACUGGUGUUGUUAUACUAGACCAAUACGUAGGGUAUGUACGCAUGCACUCCAAUCUUUAAAACAUUAUGUAGUUACGAUUAAUUACCUCCUCCCUUAAGAUAUUUGUUAUAGUUAUAGUUAUUAGUUCUGAUGUUUUGUUGGAAUGUUCAUAUACUCAAUCUUUAUGAAGGUGGAAAUAGUUACCUUUUAGAUGGUCCACCCAAUUUUAUCUAAUGUUAAUAAUACGGCAUUUGCUCUAUAUGCAUUGAUCUCCAAACGUGUCUGCAAACGGCCUUGGAAGGGCCACUCCGCCCGAUGCGUGGGGAAAACUGUUCGUAUCUUUUAACACAGUGGAAAUUGUGUGUCAUAUAGCGUGAUAUAAAUGUAUUGUGGGGAGAAUAAAAUAAAUCGGUGCUUUCUGUUGUCAUGUUUGCAAUGCUAUGUAUACAUUGUACGCUGUCGUACCCAUUUGUAAAGUGAAAUGGAUAAUGUGAGUAUAUCUUAGAAAGUUUGAUAAUCAGGGGGUUUAUUAUGGAAUUCAUGAUUAAAAUUGUGCCUCUCGUCUCUUUUUAAUUUAUCCUUACUCAAUACUUAUUGAUAUAUUAUUCAUUUUCUCAAUUUCAUGAAUUUUUAUUUUUGAAUCUGAUAUCUGGACAUAUCGUAUUUGUGGGGAGAAGGUCGUAUUCAUCUUCUUAAGAUUUACAAUCCGCACGAAAUACGUUGAAACUGUGUUCUCUUAAGGUGUUUGGUUUUAGAGUGUGGCUACGAUGAAAAUACUCAUCCACUAUUUUCAGAGCAUUAAUACAAAAUGGUAGAAAACACAAUUAUAUAAAAGUACCCUUUUUACGACAAUCGCAGUGUCUCCCCCAAAGAAACACGAAGCUUAAAGCUAUGUCAUUACUAUACCCACCGAUAUCUAUGUAUUUGUUUAAGAAGCAGUUUGAGAUUGAUCCACAAAUAAUAUUUUCAUUUCAGGCAGUGAAAAGUAAACAGUUACUGCUGAUUGUGGAAAAUGUUCGGGACAUCCAAAAUGUUAGAGUUUGCAAAAAAGGGCGAUUAUCAAUAAAGCCUGUAUAUUUGCCGUACCUAUAUAGAUUAAAAUGUGGAUGGAUUGUGUAUACCAUAGCUUUGAAACGUGUUUUUAAUGUUUUGCUCUUUUUGUUUAUAUGAUAUAUGAUGUAUUUUGUAUUUGCCAUUCAUAUUCUUGUUCGUUCUAUUUGUUAAUGUAUUUGCUUUUAGGGGAUUUACGGUUCAUCUAUUGGUUUGUGUUGAUUUAAUGGUGUUUCUUGAAGCUUCAAAUCAAAUAAAUGUGUGUUCCAAAUGCCAAUAUCAAAGGGACAAUUUACUCGCAUAGACAUUCCCCAGAUAUACUCGAGAUAUGCUCGAGAUACAUUCACAUUAAAAUUACGAUAACAGGAGAGCGUAGACAGGUUAAUGGAGAUAUGUUGAAGAAAGUUUGGAAUAAAAACAUGUCACUUUGAAAAUGCAAAUACACAUUUAUUCCAGUUCGGAUUUUCCUAAGACCUCUUAAUUCGGAUAAUAUCUAACUAGAAUUUUAAUUGCAUAAAUUGAAGACAGUCAUUCGUAAUAUUUUUUAGAGACACUCUGGAACAGAAUAGACUUGAAUUCUAUUUGGUAAAAUAUUUUGGUCAUAUCUUUUCCUUCUUUCUUUUGUAAUGAAAACUGAAAAAGAUUGUGGUUUGUUUUAGAAAGUCACAACAAAAUAAAAAGAAAUCGUACAGAGAAGGUACAUAUUUUCGAAUGUUGAGAUGUGUAUCCUCCACAUGUCUGUAGAUGUUAACCCGUUGACUACUAAAUCAUCUAAUUCCCAUAGACUUAACAAAGGGAC